AUGCGCAUCCUCGAGGACCUGCACGCGAUGGACCGCGGCGUGUCUGUGUCGCUGUGGUGCGAGGAGGCGGAGGAGGACCAGAGCCAGGGCCCCUCGUCCCAGCUGAGGGCCCCCUGGGACCCCACCGUGUCCGGGCACCGCGUCAUCCAGAGGCUGCUCCACGUGGAGGAGAGGUACGCGCCCUGCGCGCUCUACGUCACCCUCAUCCAGCGGGAGCCGGAGCGCAGGGAGGAGCUCGCCAAAUGGGCCCUGGAGGUGUGCUGUGAGUGCGGCUGUGACGAGGCCGUCUUCCCCCUCGCCGUCUCCCUGAUGGACCGGUUCCUGUCCGCCUCGCUGUCCCUGCCCGUCUCGCCGUACUGCCUGGCGGCCGGCUGCAUCCUCAUCGCCUCCAAGCUCACGGAGUGCGACACCGUCACCGCCGACACCCUGUGCGCCGCCGCCGAGUGCGGCUUCCCGGCCUCCACCCUGCGGGAGAUGGAGCGCGUCAUCCUCGCCACCCUCCGAUGGGACACGGCUGCAGUGACGCCGCAGGACUUCCUCCCACAUUUCAUCGCCUCCGUGGAGGAGAGAGCCGGAGAUGGCGGCGGCGGCGGCGGCGACUCGGGGGAGGCGCCGCUCUCCACCCUGCGGCGGCACAGCGACACGCUGGCCGCCAUGUGCGCCUGCGACUCGCGCUUCCUGGGGGCUCCGCCGUCGCUCGUCGCCGCCGCGUCGCUCAACUGUGCCCUGCGGGGCCUGGGCAACAGGGGCCCCGCUCGGCUGGCCGUGGCCCGUGAGGCUCUGGCGGAGCUCUGCCAGGUCGACCUGGCGGUGCUGCAGUGCUACAGUGACAUGAUCGAAUAUGGCCUCCGGCAGCGGCUGAGGACGGGCCUGCAGCAGGGCCCCAUGGAGAAGGAUGAAGAGGUGGAGAACGAAAGGCCCGGGACCCCUACAGACAUGAGGGACAUUGAUUUCUAAGCACCGACUCAACUAAUGUUGCAUUGAACACGUGAAACAAUCAGUCAAACUGAUAUAUAUAUAUAUUGAUCAUGACCUCCAAAUGCUUGGUUAUAUCUUGAUAUUUAAAAAUUACUUACUUAAAUUACUUGGCUGUUAAUUUAUUUUGUUUUUAAACUUUAUUUAUUUGUGAACAGUUUUGCAGGAAUCGUUUUUUUACGUGCCAUAUUUUAUUAUCUAUUUCUAGUAAUUCUAUUGUAUGCCUAGAUGUUAUUUUUGUUGAAUAUAUUUAUACCUUUAAUUUAUUAUCAGGUGCAAUGGUUGGCUCUUUCUGUGUUAAUUUAUUUCAACUUGCCAUUACUCUGUGUUUGUGUGUGGAAUUAAAUAUACAACAGAUCUAUUUUUGAAAGCAAUUAAACGUUUAAAACGUUUGUUAAUAUUUUGUCUUGUUUCAUAUGUUGUUUACCGAUGGGAAAAUGGUGCCUUCACUUACUAUUCAAAGUAUAGUACUUCUGACUUAUAUUAACAUUCA